CGCGAGCACGUCGCAAAAGGGGGAAGGGAAGCUGAGAUUGGAGGAGAGCGACAGGAAGACUGUGGACGAGAGGUUCUGUGGUCUCGUGGUCCGCCUGCACCCUGAUGGCACACCAGGAGAUCCGUCACGCUCUUCACCAGACGUGACUCUAGCAGAGAACACGGAUUCGGGAUCAGAGACCUCCCUUUCCCUCCCGUGUGAGUGACCUGUGUCUCCGGGACCUGCUGCGUCCUCUUCAGCUUUCUCACAACACGUUACUCCGUCACAGGCGGUAUGAGCGAGGACUGGGGACGCAGCAUGGCGAGGGGACAGUAGCUCAGGACUUGCCAUGGAAGGAGACGUGGAAGUCGCAGUCCACACUGAGAACUCGAAUGGUUUUACUCAGGAAUGGAAGCAGACUGAUGAUCUGAUCAACGAACGCUCCACACACACACUGAUGUGUAAUGGCAUUAAGGAGAACGGUGACGUCAGCGGGAGUGUGUACCUUAGAUCUGUCCCGAUUUCAGUGCUGAAGCAGAAUGGCCUCCUACAGUCGCUGGCCGCUGCUGCAGAACAAACAGAAGCCGAUGAUGUGGACUCGGAGCUGGAGCGUGCGCGGCAGGAAUGGGACGCCCUCGAGAGCAUCCAGCCAGUUCCCGUGGAAGAUCUCGCUCCGUCCGCUCUGAUCUCUUUCAACGAGGCGCUGCAGCACUUUCAGACCACAGACCUCACCGAGCUGAUGAGGAGCAUACAGCCGACGGUGCGCAGGACGGGAUUGGCCGUCGUCACACACUUCCUGUUUGGGCCGCCACGCCUACACAAGGAGCUGGUGGAGGAGCGAGACCUGGUGUUCGCCAUCGCACAGUGCUCUCUGGAUAACACACAGCCGGUGCACAUGCGAGUGCUUCAGACAAUCUACCGCAAACUGACAUGCGCGAAAGCAGACUGUCCUCGAUACGGGCCGCACUGGGAGAACAUCGGCUUCCAGGGUACAGAUCCCGCUACAGAUCUGAGAGGAACCGGGUUUCUGGGUCUGAUGCACACACUUUAUCUGGUGAUGGACCCGGAGACGCUACCGCUCGCUCGCGAUAUCUACAGGCUCUCUCAGCAUCCUGUACAGAAUUUUCCGUUCUGUGUGAUGUCCAUCAAUCUGACCCGCAUCGCUCUGUGUGCUCUCAGGGAGGAGGUUCUGACCAAGGAGUGUAACCGGCGGCAGCAGGUGGUAGGCGUUCUGAACGAGUUCUACGUGGCGGCGUUCCUGCACCUGUACCAGGAGUGGAGCGGUCAGAGGAAAACCAUCUCCGACUCGGGAUACGUCCUCAAAGAUGUGGAGCUCUAUUCUAAGAAGAACCCAAAGCAGCUCAUCAAACACCUGCACUGUUACCUGCAGGAGAGACGCACCGGGAUCGGCCACCGCACGUCACCUGACCCGCUGUCACACGGCAACCGUUCCCUCGACGACGGGACGUCUCACACACACGGAGGGAAGGAGGGGAAGAUGAACUUUACCGGAGUGUGUGAACUUCCACCUGAGAUGGAGGGAGAGGCCAGGCUCAUCUAAAAGAGAGAGAGAGAGAGUGCUAGUGAGGGGACAUGAGAGAGUGACGGACAAGGAAGACAAACUGCUUCAAUAAACUGAGGAGAGGAAAAAGAGAUAGACAAAUAGAACGAGAGAGAGAAUCAAAAAGAAAGAUGAAUUAAAAGAUGGUGACAGCAGGUGUGAGGACAAGAGAGAGUGAGAGUUUCCCAGGAAAAUAGAAAAAGAAGACGGAGUACGAGAGACAAGAGAGAGAAAGACAGACAGGAAAGGAGAAAGAGAGAGACAGAAAGAGACAGAUGAGUAAAGAUGGACAGAAGAAUAUUGACAGAAAGAGAGAGAGAGAGGGAACAGGAGAGGCAGAAAGAGAGAGACAGACAGAAAAGGAGACAGAAGAAGAAACCGAAUGAGUGACAGAGAGAUGGACAGAAAGAGACAGAGAGAGAGAGACAGACAAUCUGGAGUGUCUAAUCAGUUUCAAUUCACUCUAUUCGUCUCUUCAUGUGCUACCAUUCUCACAGUCAGUCUAAGAGACAGACAGGGACAGAGAGAGAGAGAGACAGUUGAUCUCCACUUUAUCUUAUCUAAGAGCUCCCUGACAUGUCCCCCUCCCCCCUUUCCCUCCUGCCCCGCCCAUCUCAGAGACAGGAAAUGAGUGACUGUGGCGCUUCACCAGACUGAGAAUGUACCAUUUGCACAAUCUUUAUAUUUUCACUAAUUUCCUUCCCGCACACACACAAACACACACACACACACACACACACACUGUCUAUAGAGGUAUAUAGAGUCCCUGAGACUAGUGUGAUUUGAGAUGCAGCCCGAGCUCGUGACUCGUCUUCACACUAAACCGCACUUUCAAUCCACAGCACAGGCCACGCCCACUGAACACUCUACAACACGCUAGGACGCUUGGAGUCCAGGAUCUGAAGAGAUAGGAAGUCAAACAGGAAGUCAAACAGGAAGUCUCACUGAUGAUGACUGCUGAUGUUCCCACACCUCCCCCCCAGCACUCGCCGUACAGUAGAUUAUCUCACAGCGGUUGGUUAAGGUGAUCUCCGUAACCCCGCCCCUUGUGUGAUGUCAGCAUGACACGUAGCACUAGCGCUGUAGCAUCAGAUGUUUUAUUUUAUCUCAGUGUUGGCUUUCCGUCCGGUCCGGUCCGAUCCGGUGCGGUCUGAUGCGUCACUGACUGGAUUCAUUGCGAUAUUAAACGUACAGUGCGUUAAGGUCGCAGAACAAUCGCGCGGUUUCACCAACUCUGUACUCAAUGUUAAGUCUUUUAACUAAUUGUUUCCCCACUCAGGGUUUGCUAGGUGUCCACCAUAACACUGAACACGUGUGCGUGUGUGUGUGUGUGUUUGUGUGCUUGUGUUAUAAGAGACAAAUAACUUCAGUUAAUGUAAAUGUAAGUGUUGGACUUUAUUGUAGAUUCUGUUGUAAGUCUUCACUCAAAGCCGGACUUCAUAAGGACUUCAUAACACACAUUUCGUCAGGGCGGCAUCACUUCACGCUCACUUAGAUUGACCGGCUGGACAGACGAGUGUUAAAAAGCAUUGUGAUUUUAAUUUUAAAUAAAAAUCUAAUAAUAUAAUUAUAUGUUUAAAGAAAAGAUAUAAUUAUGUGAUAUCAUAUAGAAUGAGAAAACGGGUAUAAUGUACAGCGGAAACUCGGUGUACAAAGUUAACCUGAGAUUUUAAGGUGAAAUUUCGUAUUGUGAAACACAUUGUCUCAUAGGAAAUGAUAGAAAUGCAGAUAAUCCGUUCCAGCCACCCAGAAAUAUUACCAAUAUUACAGAUUUCCAAAACAAUCAUAUUUCUUUCAUAUAAAAACAAUCAAAACAUUUUAAAAGACAUGAAAAUUAAGUAAAAUAUGAAAUAAAUAGACAUUAAACCUCACUUAACCUUAAUUUAUGAUUCCUCUUGGCACCGGCUGCUUUAAAAACCAAACUAAAAGUGGCUCCCUUUUCUUUUUGCUACCGUCCUUGACCUGGGACCCCGUGGUUCUGUGUCUUCACUAAACCUUAUACAAAAUAAAGUUAACUCACUUUUCUUGCCUUUCCACUGACACAAACAGGUUUUGGAUGGCUUCCGGAUGUACGCGCAACUUAGCUUUGGCGCGGUUCAUUUACUAGUACCUAAAAAAAUUAGUUCUUGAGGUGAAGAUUAUUAAGGCCAGCGCGUUCGUACCACUGUAUUUUUUCUGUGCGAUUUUUAAUGGAGUAAUUUAAAGAUUUUUCUUUGUUUAUUAAAACUUAAUACCAAACCGUCUUAGAGCGGCAUCACGCUUCGUUCAAUCUCUAAUUACAUGAUUGCUAUUAUUUUUACAAAAAUUUAGAUUUCAUGAUGAACUGGGCUCUGGCAGACAAAAGCACAUUUCUGUGAUUUCCUCAAUUUAACCUAAAAUCCUAAAGAAGCAGCAGGUUCUACACACACUCAAAAACUUAAAAACAAAAGGAGAACAUGUUUCUUUUUUCACGUCAAUAUGAUGAUAUUGCACUAAUGAUCAGAAGGUCACAGGUUCAAACCCCAGCACCAGAAAAACCCCUUUUCGGCCCCUGAGGAGGGUCCUGAGCCCUCAACUGCUCAGAUGUAUAAUGAGAUAAAAUGUCGCUCUGGAUAAGGCCGUCUGCCAAAUGAAUUUAUUUUAAUUAAUUUUUAGAAAAGACCAAUAUAUAAUUGUUUGACAGAAACUCCUCGGUUUUCAAUAUACUUUAUCCGUCUGUCUCUCGUAAAAAAAGAUUCUUUAGUCUGAGCUGCGAGACACGAAUGCACCGCUGUCUUUACUUCUUCAUCAGAAGUGAAUCUGGGUGGACGUGUGCGUUGAAUCCAAAAUUUAGUCUUCAGCUCUUCAAUAAGCGUCUCACUGUAAUGAACACUGUUGAUUGUUAAACAUUUUCCUGAUCAUGUUCAUCUUGUUACAAUAAUUUUAUGAACUAAAACAUGACAUAAAAUGUUUAUGUCCAGGAUGAUACGAGCUGAAGCUGUUCAGGUUCUCUCACAUAGCUGCUUCUUCUCUGUUGUUUAAUGGCGGUUUCAAUCGCAGUCUCCGUCUCCCUCAUCUUUCUGGCCUUUUAAAACCGGUUAUCCAGUCCAAUGUUCUUUAAAAAAAUGUUAAAUACUUCCUUCCCUGAUCUUGUCUCGGCUUGUCCUGUGUCUCGACCUCUUCGUUUGCUUUAUCCAGCACUCACACACACUCCAGCACUCACACACACUCUUAUCUCUUCCACACGCUCCCUCUUAGUACCGCUCUGCACCACUGCUUGUGUAAUUCCGCGCUUAUAAACGUAUCACAGUGUAGCUUCUAGUCCGAGUCAUUCAGUGUGUCUGCACGUGUGUGUUAUGAAGUCGCUAAAGAGCUCGGCUCUGACCGGAGUCUCGUCGUGUGAUCGGUGCUGGACGCUAACGCUGUAGCAUCGGACUCAAAUAUCAGACUUAUUUUUAACGUGAAGCAAAAUAUAAUUUAAUGUUUAAGACACAGUGAGAGAACUAAAUCUGCAUUACAUCAGUUUAGUUUUACAAACAUUCCUCUCCUUUUUUUUUUUUUUAGUUCAAAGUGUCGAUUGUUGAUUAAAUUUGUCCAAACAUCAGGACGUCUGUUGUACUUAAGCUUUUUAAUUUCUCUGUGUAUCUGCGUACUGACAGUGUUGUGGACAUCGUGACGCAUCAUACAGCUGAUAAUCACACACACAUACACAUACACACACACACACACACACACAGGGACUUUGUUGCACUUCAGUGAAUGUAGAAGCUCUAUUUUAUAAAGAGUGUGUUUCGGGUUAUACAGUGAUGUUGCACAGAGUAAUAAAGACACGCGAAAUAAAAA